CGCGGCGCCUUGUUUCUUCAUCGGCGGUGAUCCUUAAACACCGCCAUGUCAUCCUCCGAUCUCGCCGUCAUCUUGCCCCGUGUCAUCAUCGUAUCUAGACGCAGUCUCCGCAAGAACAAGUUUGUCGAUUUCGUCGGUGAAUAUCAUUUGGAUCUUAUUGUGGGAUAUGGAGCCGUUCCGGUGAUUGUACCGCGGGUUGCCGGUGUGCACACGUUGUUGCAAAGUUUCGAGCCGAUCCAUGGGGUUCUUUUAUGCGAAGGGGAAGAUAUAGAUCCGUCGCUUUAUGAGGUCGAAGAAACGAGUUUGUCUAACGAAGAAUUGGAGGAAAUUCGGCGGUUGCAUGUCAGCGAUACCGCGAUUGACAAAGAGAAGGAUACGAUAGAGCUUUCACUGGCUAGAAUAUGUCUGGAAAGGAAUAUACCUUAUUUGGGAAUAUGUAGGGGAUCACAAGUGUUGAAUGUGGCAUGUGGGGGUACCUUGUACCAAGAUAUUGGGAAGGAACUAGCAAGAUGUUGUCCAGAUGAGAAGAAAGUGGUCCAUAUGGAUUAUGAGAAUUACGAUGGGCACCGGCAUACGGUUAAGAUUGUGGAGGAAACCCCUUUGCAUCAGUGGUUUAAAGAGUCAUUGAAAGAUGAUAUGGAGAUUCAGGUUAAUAGUUAUCAUCACCAAGGAGUGAAGAGGCUAGCGCAGCGGUUCACGCCCAUGGCGUUUUCAUCGGAUGGUUUGAUUGAAGGGUUUUAUGAUCCAGAUGCUUAUUGCCCAGAAGAGGGUAAGUUUAUAAUGGGGUUGCAGUUUCAUCCUGAGCGCAUGAGGAAAGCGAAUUCAGAUGAAUUCGAUUAUCCUGGAUGCACUGCUGCAUAUAAGGAAUUUGUGAAGGGGGUGAUCGCAUAUCAAAAGAAGCUCAACUGUGCAACAAAGGUACCAAAAUCUUUAAAACUUGAUAAAGAAUUGGAGCAAAAGAGAAAUGUUAUCGUUCGUAGCUUCUCUCUCGCAAAAACCCUGUACGCGGGAGGCCAUAAUAUUCGUCAUCUUCGAGAGUCUGAUCUCAAACCAGGAGCAGAAUUUCUCGAGUCAAAUAUAGCAUUGAGUUUGCAACAAGAGAACAGGUUGAUGCAGAUGGGAGCAACAGUGAGGAAUGCAUCUUCAUACAUGGAGAGAUUGAAGUUGAAUGCAAAAAGAGAGAAAUUGGCAAGAGUUGUGAUGGGGAAGAUGACAAUAGAACAGUUGUCUGAAUUAAACAUGUUCUAUAACAUGAUGGGGCAAAUAUGUUCUGACAUGUUGGAGAUGAAGCAACUUCAAAAUGUUAGUGUUGAUCUUCUAUGAUUAGUCAGUCAUCUUGCCAUUAAUUGUAGAUCUAAAAGUCUUUGAUAAUAUGGUGAUAUGUACUAUUUCUUUAUAAAGUAUCACAUGAAAUCUUAAUGAAAGAGACCCAUCUUUUGUUA